GUCACGUAUUCGCAGAGAGGAUAUGAGACCAAAUUCGACCUGGCGAACGAGCAUGGGGACUUGAGAGUGCUGCAGGCUGACAUGGCAAAGCAGUCUUUCGUCAAGGACUGGGUAGAGCAAGGGUCUAAUCGGCUUUUUCGGGAGAAGAAUAGUAAAAAGGGUGGAAAAGGAGAUAAUAAGGGAGGC